AUGUCAUUACAACUACUCUCAGUCAACAAAGCCUGGCUAACGACCCUUGGAGCGGCGGGCGCUCUAGCAUUGAUAUUGUUUCCAAAAUUCCGAAGGAUUUUGUACACAAUACCAAGGGACAUCAGGUCAGCUUUUACUCGAACAAAUUGAUCUCUAAAAAUUUCUCAUUCACACAACUCAUUUAUGACUUCAUUUCAGGGCAAUCCUCACGUUAUUUCAUGUGAAAUACGUCGUGAAAAAGGCUCAGCGACUCAACAAGCCGAUGCAUUGGUAUUUCCUCAACGUCGUCAAACGGAACCCACAAAAAAUUGCGGUAGAAGAGGUGGAGACUGGAAGAAAAUUUACGUUGAAAGAGCUGAACGAUUUGGCUAACAAAUAUGCAAACAUGUUCAAGGCAAGUUCUAGUCUAAACUUUAAAAAUUUUGUAUUUCAGUCAAAAGGCUUCAAAAAGGAUGACACUGUCGGUCUAUUUCUCGAAAAUUCCGCUGAUUUCGUCGCCCUUUGGAUCGGGUUAUCCAAGAUUGGAGUGCGCACGGCGUGGCUGAACACCCAUAUCAAGUUGGAGCCGCUGCAAUAUUCAAUCGCCGCUGCGAAUUGCAACUCAUUGAUUACUAGCAAUCACUUGCUUACGACUGGUAGAAAUUUUUACAAUGAAUUUAUAAGUUUGUCGGGUAAAUAAUGUGGAUCCAUCGGGUCUUGAAAUCGCCCAUUAUCGAUUUGCGAUGGCUGGCCGCGGCCAUAGGUUUGUUCGCUUGGCGACUGCGACAAAGGGGGACCUUUUGCUGCGAUAAAUCCACAUUAUUUUCCCGCUGGUUGCUUCGCGCAAAGCCACUAGUGAGAAGACAAGUCAAGACUUUUUUCCCCGCUUAGCAUAUGAUAGACCUGAUCCAGUGGCAAAGACAUACCAUUUUGCAUCCGAGAAGUAUCAAAAAAGAAGCAAAAUGUCUCCCUCUCCAACUACAAAAACUCCGUUUUGCGCCCUUUCCCUCACACAGAGCGGGAGCGCUUUUGAGAUCGGAGUUUUUUCACUUGGAGAGGGGAGGUAUUUUUCCACAUUUUUUGAUACUUCCAGGAUGCAAAAUGGCACGUUUUUGACAAUGGAUCAGGUUCGCAAUCGUACUAGUUUUCAACGCCCCUCUUGGACUUCCAUUACCCUUCCUUUUUAGUCAUCGACGAAGCCGUUUCCGCCGGCUGUAUUCCGUACGGCUUCCCAACCUACACCAUUGACGCCAAUGACGAUGACUUUGCCCAAGAUAUCAGCCCACUUCUCACCGAUCCCUCCGAGCCUCCAGAAGAUCCGGAGGUCAAUUUUUCUUCCAUUUUGUGCUACAUCUACACAAGUGGCACCACGGGCAAUCCGAAACCGGCGGUGAUCAAGCAUCAUCGCUACUUUUGGAUGUCCAUGUUGUCGGGGUUGGUGUGCGACAUCCGCGAGGACGACAUAGUCUACUUGUUUUUGCCGAUGUACCACUCCGCCGGCGGGAUUCUGGGAGCCGGACAGUUGUUGGCACGGGGUAGGGGAUUUUAGCUUUUUUAAAAAAUAUUAAAUACUAUCAGUUUGUCGGGAAAAUAAUGAGCACUCUGUUCGCGACAAAAUCAAAAUGUUUUCUUCUCAUAUGCUCUUACAACUUUAUAUCCAAUCGAUGUUAACAAUUCUUUCUAGGCAGCAAACUAGUGAUCCGAAAGAAGUUUUCCGCCCGAAACUUCUGGCCCGAGAUCCGCAAAUACAACUGCACUGCCAGCCAGUACAUUGGAGAAGUGGCCAGAUACAUUGUGGCCCAACCACCGCAACCCGACGACGCCCAGCAUCCGCUACGAUUGCUUUAUGGAAACGGGCUUCGAAUUGAGAUUUGGAGGGAGCUUGUAGAGCGGUUCAAGGUCCCGAAGAUCAGCGAAUUUUACGGCAGUACCGAGGGCAACGCGAACAUUGUCAAUUUGGACUCGACUAUUGGUGCGUGCGGCUUGUUGCCGCUCUCGAGGUUCAUUCAGGACCGAGCAACUGUCGCUGUGUUGAAGAGUAAGUCGUCUUCAAACUGUAACAAAUUUUGUUUCAGUUGACAAAGACACGGGCGAAUUCCUGAGAGACAAAAAUGGACUUUGUAUUUGUUGUGACCCCGGCGAACAAGGCCACCUGGUUGGAAUUAUCAGGGACGAUGACGCUGUAAACAAGUUUGAGGGAUAUCUGAACAAAGCCGAAACCGACAAGAAGAUUAUCAGAGACGUCUUCAAAAAGGGAGAUGUGGCGUUCGCAAGUGGUGAUCUCUUCCUCUGGGAUGAGUAUGGAUACCUCUUUUUCAAGGUGAGUAUUUGUCCUUAUCAGUCAGUCGGGAAAAUAAAGAGCACACUGUGGCAUCGAAAAUUGCGACGCCGCGGACAAAAUGAAUUGUGUCGGGAAAAUAAUGUGGAUUCGGCUUGGUAUUGCGCACCAUCGCUUUCCAGGGCUCGCGGCGGCUGGGGAUAGAAUAAUUAGGACGGGCGGGGCAUCUUGCAACGACAAAUCCCCAUUAUUUUUCCGACAGACUAAUGCUGGAACACGUCCUUAUAAGAACUUGCUUAUCUGGACGUAUAAUAAUAGCAUAAUAUAAACUCCGCGAGCAACGGUAAAUAAAAAAUUUAUGCUGUAAAUUUGCAGGAUCGCCUCGGCGACACCUAUCGCUGGCGUGGAGAGAACGUGAGUACCAUGGAAGUGGAAGGCGUCCUUCAACCGGUAAAAUCAAUUCAAGACGUUGCUGUGUACGGAGUCGAGGUUAAGGGUCGGGAAGGCCGAGCCGGCAUGAUCAGCGCUUCUCUUGCCGAAGGGGCUGAAGUGAAUGUGAGUUUGGUGUCGUCAAAAAAGAUUUUGUUUUUUCAGGACCUAGUCAAAGAAGUGAGUGAAAGAGUGACCUCCCGACUUCCUGGCUACGCAAUUCCUGUGUUCCUGCGAAUCGGCAAAGAGUUCGAAAGAACGGGGACCUUCAAACUCAAGAAGAACAAGUUGAAGGAGCAAGGCUUCAAUCCGGAGGCUUGCAAUGGCGACGAGCUAUAUUACUACGACUCUAGCAGCAAGACAUACAAGCAUUUGGACAGUCAAAUGUACGAGGAUAUUCAAUCCGGGAGAUAUACAAAGAUCUAA